AUGUCCGGUAGAGGUAAAGGUGGAAAAGGUCUUGGAAAGGGUGGCGCUAAGCGUCACAGAAAGAUUCUCAGAGAUAACAUCCAGGGAAUCACAAAGCCAGCUAUCAGAAGACUGGCCAGAAGAGGUGGUGUCAAGCGUAUCUCCGCUUUGAUCUACGAAGAAGUUAGAGCCGUCCUCAAGUCCUUCUUGGACUCUGUUAUCAGAGAUGCUGUUACUUACACUGAGCACGCCAAGAGAAAGACUGUUACGUCUUUGGAUGUCGUUUACGCUUUGAAGAGACAGGGACGUACUUUGUAUGGUUUCGGUGGUUAA